CGCCUGCAACAGAAAACUGGAAGGAACCAGAGCAGAGGGAGGAAGGAGGAAAGUUCAAGUGUGACCGAAAUCCAGUCCAGGAGAUUCCUGUUCGUCUCUGAAAGAAGGUCCAAGCGAGUCCAUCGGGUUUUCCUCCACAACACAGCAGAGUCUCUGAAACACUGAUCCACCAUGUCUGCUGGCAGCAACCUGAGAUCUGCAGAUCAGUUCCUGUGCUCCAUCUGUCUGGAUGUGUUCACUGAUCCAGUCAGCACACCAUGUGGACACAACUUCUGUAAAACCUGCAUCACUCAUUUCUGGGAUGAUAAUGUUCUCUACAAGUGUCCCAUCUGUCAAAAGAUGUUCAACACCAGACCUCAGCUGAAAGUCAACACCUUCAUCAGAGAGAUGGUUUCUGAGUUCAGACGUGAAGCUCAACAGAAAUCCAGCAGCAGCAGCUCAGAGCAACAAGCUGCAGAACCAGGAGAAGUUCCCUGUGACGUCUGCACUGGAACCAGACUGAAGGCCCUGAAGUCCUGCCUGGUGUGUCUGCUGUCCUACUGUGAGACUCACCUGGAGCCUCAUCUGACAGCUUCACGUCUGAAAAGACAUCAGCUGGUGGAGCCUGUGGAGAACCUGGAGGACAGGAUUUGUACGAAGCACGAUAAACCUCUGGAGCUGUUCUGUAAGACCGACCAGACAUGUGUCUGCACGCUCUGCUCUGUUUUAGACCACAAGAAUCAUGAGUUUGUUCCUCUGAGAGAAGAAUAUGAAGGAAAGAAGGCAGAUCUGGAGAAGACAGAGGCUGAGAUUCAGCAGAUGAUCCAGAAGAGACGACUGAAGAUUCAGGAGUUCAAAGAGUCUCUGAAGAUCAGUAACGAUGCUGCAGACAGAGAGAAAGCAGAAGGUGUUCAGGUCUUCACUGAUCUGAAGGAGUCUGUUGAGAGACGUCUGAAGGAGUUCAUGAAGGAGAUGGAAGACAAACAGAAAACUGCAGAGAAACAGGCUGAAGACUUCAUCAAAGAUCUGGAACAGGAAAUCUGUGAGCUGAAGAAGAGGAGCUCUGAGGUGGAGCAGCUCUCACGCUCUGAAGAUCACCUCCACCUCCUCCAAAGAUUCUCAUCCCUGAAAGAUGCUCCACCCACCAAGAACUGGACAGAGGUCAGAGUCCAUCCACCUUCAUAUGAGGGGACUGUGGUGAGAGCUGUGGAGCAGCUGGAGAAGAACCUCAGAGAAAAGAUGAAGAAGCUGCUUGAAGCUGAGCUGAGGAGGAUCCAGCAGUUUGAAGCUGAUGUGACUCUUGAUCCUGAUACAGCACAUCCUAGACUCGUCCUGUCUGAAGAUGGAAAACAAGUGUAUGGUGGUGAUGUGAAGAAGAAUCUUCCAGAUAAUCCAGAGAGAUUCUCUACAUGUGUUUGUGUUUUAGGAAAACAGAGUUUCUCUUCAGGCAGAUUUUACUUUGAGGUUCAGGUUAAAGGAAAGACUGACUGGGAUGUAGGAGUGGCCAGAGAGUCGAUCAACAGGAAGGGAGACAUCACUCUGGGUACUCAGAAUGGUUACUGGACUGUUUGGAUGAGAAAUGUAAACGAGUACAAAGCUCUUACUGAUCGUCAAGUCCGUCUCCAUCUCAGUUCUCCUCCUGAGAAGUUGGGGGUGUUUGUGGAUUAUGAGGAGGGUCUGGUCUCCUUUCAUGAUGUAGAUGCUGCAGCACUUAUCUACUCCUUUACUGGCUGCUCCUUCAGGGAGAAACUCCACCCGUUCUUCUGUCCUGAAUCCUAUAAUGGAGGUAAAAACUCUGCUCCUCUGAUCAUCUGUCCUGUCAAUCAAACUAUCUAAUAACAUCUGAAUGUCAAUGUGAAAUGAUUAAAGAUUCACUCUGAUUGAUGGAAACAAAUGUUCAAGUUCCCUCCAAAGUUAUUUCAUCUCAUUAAAGUGAUCAUUUUGUUUGAUUUAUCAUAUUAUUACAUUUGUAUGUUGUACUUCUACCUUUUACUUGUUUUUAUGUUCAUCCUCUUUUUAAAGGAACAUUUGAGAUUUUCCAGUCAUUUUUUUCCCAGAACUCUGUAAUCUGUUUGUCUCUGAUGUUACCGUCUUGAUUUUGAAAUGCUCCAUUUUAAGUUGCUUUGAAAGUCAGCGAGUGUUGGUUUGAUUUACCAUUGUAAUCAGAUUACAAUGCUGAUUCAUUCUGUUAAAUAGUUGGUCUUGCAAGAUUUGUAUAGAACCUGUAUAAAUACUGUAUCAACGCUUGAUCAGAAUUUGAAAAUAAAGGAAAAGAGUUAGUUAAUCAUAAUAAAA